GGUUUCUCCAGUUGAGCAUCUUAUCUCAAAUAUGAAGAUUGGUGCGAUCAUACGCGCGUGUGAGGAGUUCUUACCGCACAUCUCUCCGCGUCCGACGGUUUUGGCGCCUGGAAUAUGUCUUUCAAAUGUCAUCAAGAUUGUGGCAUUGGUCUUGAUCAGUGCGCUGAGAGUCGCAUUUGCCGACUGUGAAUGCGGAUAUUACUGCAGCUCUUCCCAGAAUGACCCUAUUGUCUUCACCGAAUUGUUGGAGUCGGAUUUCCUCCACGUUCAAAACAUCACCCUAGAUACGGAUUGGGUACCUCAGCAGUACAAUAUCACUGCAGAAGCAGCGCGUGGACCUUACGGUGAGGCUAGGCAACUGAUGAAUGUCAUCGAGAAUCCGAUCAAGGAUGAUUACUCCUACUCUGGGCCCACUGUCUCUGGUGGUGAUCCUGGUCUUCGGCUCUAUGUGCGCAAAUUUGAGCCAGAACAGGCUGCUGAUGGCCAAAGUGAACGGCUUGUUGGAACGGCUGAAGUCGCAUCCCAAAGGGACGAUAUCUUGUAUGGAAGUUUUCGUAUUGCCAUGAAGCUGAGUGGGACACCUGGGACUUGUGGAGCAUUCUUCUGGUUUUUCAACAACACUCAAGAAAUUGAUAUUGAGUUUCUUUCCAGUGAGCUCAAUUCCUCAUCUUCACCCGUUAAUCUCGUCUUGCAGUCGCCGGAGUCUGCUCGAGCAGGGUAUGAUGCCAGCCAUACUACUACAUUUCGCCUUUAUGAGCUGCCUUUCCGCCCUGACGAAGACUACCACGAGUACCGUUUUGACUGGUUACCUGGAAAGGUCUCUUUUUAUGCCGACGGUCACUGGCUUUGGGAUAGCUCCGAUGCGGUCCCGACGAAACCCGGUCAUCUGAUUAUGAACCACUGGAGCAACGGUAACUCGAAAUGGUCUCGUGGGCCUCCUACAGAAGAUGCCUUUUUGAGUAUAUCGUACGUCAAAGCCUACUUUAACUCGUCGCUAGAUAGCCGGCAUGCAGAUUACGCUCGGCGAUGUAAAGAUUCGUCUGAUGCUCGUGCAACCUGCCUCAUUCCCGACCAGCUGGUGCCUCCAAGUCCCAUUGGCCCUAAUGGGAAUGAGACUGGAAAUACUUUUUUCUUUUCUCACCAGCCGAAUAUGACUGUGAAUCAGACGGUUUAUCGUCCAGAAAAGAAUGCAGGGGGAACGCUCUCAGCACCAAUGUUGCAAACGGGCUUGUUUACCGCCCUCUUUGUCGGGCCUUUGGUGACGGAAGUUAUACUGGGUAUUUUUGCAGUGAUAUGGUGGUAUGGGCGAUUUUAGGGCAGCGGUCACUUAUUGACUUGUUCUCUUUUUCGUGUCUUUGUUAUAUUGUCUUUUUUAGCACAUGGAAUUUGGCGUUAUGUAUCAGCCUGACUUGAGAUGGGUCCGGUAUUGAUAUGUUGAUUUGAAUAACUAUGGUAUGAUUGAGCCACAGAACUAAGCACUUGCAAUUCUGUUUUUAAUGUCUUCAAGAGACGUCACAACAAGAAACCAGGCACUCGAUAGCAAUAAGCACACUGCAAAAAAACAACUACUUUAAAACAUUUCCACUGAG